AUGCCCUCCGUCCUGAUUGUAGGAGCCACUCGUGGCCUUGGUAAGGCCUUGGUCUCGUACUAUGCCAACCACCUUUCAUACACGGUGUACGCCACCUCACGGUCCUCGAAUGCUCCAUCUGACCUACAGGGUGAGAAUGUCUCUUGGAUCACCAAUAUCGACCUUUCCAAAUCCAGUUGCGGACAUGACCUGGCGGCAGCUCUCAAAGGCAAACGAGUUGACACCGUUAUCAUUACCGCUGGUUAUUUCGUGACUGAGGACUUUGGUGAGGCCAAAUGGAACGAGCAGGUCAAAAUGUACACACUCUCCUCAAUUGCGCCGGUCUUUGUGGUGCAAGAAUUAGUCAAGGCUUCCGUCUUGGCGCACGGGAGCAAAGUCGUGCUCGUGUCGUCCGAGUCCGGGUCGAUCACCUUGAGACAUGAGCAGGAGGGUGGCGGUAACUAUGGGCACCAUGGCUCCAAAGCUGCUUUGAACAUGGUGACCAAACAGUUGUCGUUUGACCUCAAAGACCGAGGCAUUACGGUCGUCUCAGUCCAUCCUAGUUUCAUGAGGACUGAAAUGACCAAGGGAGUUGGAUUCGACCAGUUCUGGGAUGCCGGGGGUGCGCUCGAUCCGGCGGAUGCUGCCCGAAUACUGGCUGACUGGGUCGAAAACGAACUUACACUGGACAAAACUGGCACAUAUUGGGCUCCUAGAGGGACCCGGGACAUUGGCAACUGGGACGUCGUGAUGGGCAAAGAGACCGCAAAAGAAGGACCCGUCCAGCUGCCAUGGUAA